AUGGGAUGCUGCAAAUCGUCGUUCUUGAAACCGUCGUCAUUGCAUGCCAAAAAAACAUACUCCGACGAUAUCUCCGUCCGUCGUGGCGGCAAACGCAGUAACCCUCACCACCGUAACAACAACAAAGACGACGGCGACGGCGGCUGCGGCGGAGGAAGGGGAUGGCAUUUCUCCAACGUUCCGGACUUCUCCGAGUUCUCCGCAGCGGAUCUUCGUGACGCAACGAACAACUUCAGCGUAAACGCUGUCGUAUCAUCUUGUUCCGACCAAGAAACGAAUGUUGUUUACCGAGGUUGUCUUAAAGGCGACAUGCGUCGAAUCGCCGUCAAAAAAUUCUCGAAAUCAACAUGGCCUGAUCCCAAACAAUUCGCUGAAGAAGCUAGGGCUAUCGGGAAAAUGAGGCAUAUGAGACUGGUGAAUUUGAUAGGUUAUUGCUGUGAUGGAGAUGAAAGGUUGCUUGUCUCAGAGUACAUGCCCAAUGACACCCUCCCUAAGCAUCUAUUUCACUGGGAGAAACAAACCAUGGAGUGGGCUAUGCGAUUGAGAGCUGCACUUUAUGUAGCCGAAGCUUUAGAAUAUUGUAGGCAGAGUGGACGCAAAUUGUACCAUGAUCUUAAUGCUUAUCGGGUUCUCUUUGAUGAGAAUGGUAGUCCUCGUCUCUCAUGCUUUGGGUGGAUGAAACAUAGCAAAGAUGGCAAAAACUUCAGCACAAAUCUCGCUUAUACACCGCCCGAGUAUCUUAGAAGUGGUACGUUAAUUCCAGAGAGUGUUGUCUUCAGCUUUGGGACGUUUCUUUUGGAUCUUCUUAGUGGCAAACAUGUCCCUCCAAGCCAUGCGGUUGAUACAAUUCAAAAGGAAAACUUACUUGUGUUGAUAGAUUCACACUUAGAAGGAAACUAUCCAGAGGAAGAAGCAGCCACUGUGUUUGAUUUGGCAACCAAAUGCCUCCACAAUAACCCAAAGGACCGGCCGGAAAUCAAAGAUAUCAUCUCAGUUCUUGCUACACUUCAACACAAACCAGAUGUUCCGUCUUAUGAAAUGCUUGGAAUCUCGAAACUCGAAAACCCUGAAACAGAAUCGCAGAAUUCUCUAAUUUACGAUGCUUGUCACCGUAUGGACCUCGAAGCUCUACAUCAGAUUCUUGAAGCAACAGAUUACAAAGACGACGAGGUUACUUGUGAGCUCUCUUUCCAGCAAUGGGCUCAACAGAUAAAAGAUGUGUGGAACACUAGACAGCAAGGCGAUUCAGCUUUCCGGAACACAGAUUUCAAAUCUGCCAUCGAAAAAUAUACUCAGUUCAUAGAAACAGGGAUCAUGAUCUCUCCAACUGUUUAUGCACGAAGAAGCAUGUGCCAUCUCUUCUGCGACCAGCCAGACGCAGCACUACGAGAUGCGAUGCAAGCACAGUGCGUCUAUCCCGAAUGGCCAACUGCGUUUUACCUUCAGGCCGUGGCUCUUGCAAAGCUGAAUAUGCUCCAAGACUCGGCUAACAUGCUUAAAGAAGCCUCCAUCUUGGAAGACAAGCGGCUUGUAAACUGA